AUGGCACCUCGAAUCCACAUCAAGCAACAGCAGACCCGUUCGAAGUCCUGCCAGCUACAUAUUCUCGUAGUCGGUGCAGGCCUCGCAGGACUGGGUUCAGCCAUUAGCUGCGCUUUAGCUGGACACAAAGUCCACAUCCUUGAAGCAACCUCCGAGAUCAAAGAAGUUGGUGCAGGCAUCCAGGUUCUACCCAAUAGUUCACGGGUCCUUCAACACUGGGGUCUGGAGGAGGCGCUCACACCGCAUAUGACAUUCCCACGCGUGUGCAACUUUAUCGGGUGGAAAGGAAAUCCAAUUUCUUCUUUGGAUUUUCACGAAUCGGAAAAGGGUUAUCCUGGGACUUGGUACCGGGAUUUUCAUCGUGCGGAUCUGCAGCGGUGUCUUGUCAAUAGAGCGUUGGAAUUGGGUGUGCAGAUGACAUGUAGUGCAAGGAUCACAAAUGUUCGUGUGAGAGAGGAUGGAGCAAUUGCGACGGCUGUUGCUGCGGAUGGAAGGGAGUGGGAGGGAGAUCUGGUGCUUGGGGCCGAUGGAGUAUUUGGAAAGUUGACGCAGGAAUUGCUUGGGCGUGAGGAUCCGCCGGUUAAGACAGGUGAUCUGGCAUAUCGAUUGCUUUUGUCUACAGAGGAGAUGCGCAAAGAUCCUGAGUUGGCUCCGUUUGUGAACGACCCCCAGGUGAAUUAUUGGCUUGGCCCUGAUGCUCAUGCAGUGAAUUACGUGCUUCGUGGGGGAGAUCUAUUCAAUAUGGUUCUUCUCGUGCCCGAUGAUAUCCCUGAAGAAUCUCUUGCCACUACCAUCAAAGGAAAUGUGGAAGAGAUGUGCUCAUUAUUCCAAGGGUGGGACCCAAGGAUUCAAAAACUACUCAAGCUAUGCCAGUCUGUACAAAAAUGGCGCCUAUGUAUCCGAUUCGGAGACUUCAAUUGGGCCCAUCCAUCCGGAGCAUGGGUGAUGCUGGGUGACGCAGUCCAUGCAACUCUGCCGUAUCUAGCUUCAGGAGCUGGCAUGGCCUUCGAAGAUGGCGCUGUUCUGGGCGAAUGUCUCUCUCGGCUCCCAGAUAAUCCCCAUAUCAGCAAAACGUCGCCUGAAUUCCUGCAUGCCAAGAGACAUGCUUUGGCAGUCUUCCAAGAAUGUCGGAAACAGCGAACAAAAAUGGUAGUCGAGCGAGGUAACAUCCAGCAAUAUCUAUACCACCUUCACGACGGACCGGAACAACAAGAGAGAGAUUCCAAGAUGCAGAUGACGCCGACACCAGAAGGAGAAGCUUUGGCUUGGAGAGACCCUGGCCUGGCACCAAAGCUUUUAGGAUAUGAUCAUAUUGCAGAUGUACGUCUUCCAAUCACACUCUUCCCCGCACCUUUCGAAAUGUGGCGACUGUUCGGUUGGUCCUCAAACGCCCCAGAGAAACAACCCCCAAGGGGUCUUCCAGCAUCAUGGUAUCGCUCCGAAGCAAUGUACCAGCUGGAAAGGCGCGCCAUUUUCUCCAAAAGAUGGCUCCUUUUGACCCAUUCUAGCCGGUUCACCAAAGCAGGUGAUUUUCUCUCAUUCACACUCGCCAACUUGUCAUUCUUCCUGAUCCAAGACCGCGACGGGAACAUCAAUGGAUUCCAUAAUGUAUGCCGACACCGCGCAUUCCCAGUCAUCCAAGCUCAAUCCGGCUCCACUUCAAUCCUGAGCUGCAAAUACCACGGAUGGUCCUACGGCCUCAAAGGAAACCUCGCAAAAGCACCUCGUUUCGAGACGGUCCCGGAAUUCGACAAAAGUCAACAGGGUCUACUCCCCAUACACGUCCACAUCGACAAAGCCGGCUUCGUCUGGGUGAACCUUCAAGCUGGAAAUCCUGACGUGAAAUGGGAAGACGAGUACCAGCGCAUCGAUGAGCAACCAAGAAUGCAGGAUUUCGAUUUCGCUGGAGAAUAUACUUUCGACCAUUAUUGGGAGAUGGAUGUCGAUGCCAAUUGGAAGGGCUUGAUUGAGAAUUACAAUGAGUGCUAUCAUUGCGCGACUUCUCAUCCACUUAUUAGUGGCGUGUCGGAUCUACCUCGGUACCGGGUUGAACCUAAGGCUGGCUAUAUGGAGCAUCAUAUUUUCAAUAAGGAGAAGAUUGACACGCAGUUUAAAAGGGCUAUCACUUACUUUUUUCCUACUACGUCUAUCACGGUUACGGAUAAGUUCUUUUAUAUCCAACGAAUGGUUCCUCUAACUGCCACUACGAGCAAAGUGGAGAACGAAGUCUAUCGACACCGAGAUGCUACUGACGAAGAGUUCGAGAAUAUCAAUGCUUUCUAUAGGCAGGUUCUGGAUGAGGAUAAGGAGCUUUGCGUUGGGACACAAGAGAAUUUGAACAGUGGGGUGUUCACCAACGGUGAACUUCAUCCGAGCAAGGAGAAGGGACCAAUUCACUUUCAAAACAAUGUACGGGACAUGGUUAUGAAGCAUCGGAAGAAGGAAGAGCAACAAGGAGGUCAAGAGAUAUGGCCGGCUGUCCCUAAAUUCCCUGGUGGAAUGACUGCGAAGCUGGAAGAAGAAGAGCAAUUUUGUUCGAAGCUAGAGGCGGCCACUUGUAUGAGCAGGCCAGAACUUGCUUGGUAA